AUGAAAGGACUUUUUCAUGAUCCAGACAAGACCUUAGUACAAUGGCCUAAUACUGAAUUACACGAAAGCAAAAUAAGAAACUUAGCCAGUAGAGCAAAGCAGCCUGAUUUCACAGUUUCUUUAAUACAUCAACAACAAAUUGAUUCAGUGAUUUUUGUUGGAGAAGUAAGUCCACCUUCUGAAAGAAAUAAUGUUUUCAAAAAUUCAAAUGAUUUGAUCCAGUUAG